CAAGAAAUGAAAAGGGAAAACCCUCGAAGUUUACAGUGAUAAAAACCCCUUUAAAUCUCGCUUUCAAAUCUCAAAACUCAAAACUUAAUCAAAUCUUCUGCGAUCUCGUGGUUCUUCUCGAUUGGCGUCUGCUCACUUUUAAUGCUCGUGCCCUAGAUCAAUCUCUACAUCUCUCUCAAUUCAAUUUCACCUACAGUAAAUUGAGAAAAAAGUUGAAUCAUGGAUGAGCUAAAGACAGCAAUGAAUGACCACUUGGAUCAAAUGCAAGAAGUUAUCGAGAAAAUUUCUUCUGAGCUUCGAGUUGGAAUGCAACCAGCAAUGGAUAAUUUCAUCGGUUUCUUUCACGCCAUUGAUUGGAAGGAACCUUGGUUAGUGGGCUUGUUGGCGUUUCACUUUAUGGUGCUAAUAAUAAUCUUCACGUCAAGGAAAAAUAUCAACUUUCAGAUGUACCUGUUUCUUCUGUCAUUGGCUGGUGUCUAUCUUGCUGAAAGGCUAAACACCGUGUUGAGUGAAAACUGGAAAAGCUUUGCUGGUCAAAAUUAUUUUGACCGUCAUGGAGUCUUCCUCUCGGUGCUCUGGUCCGGGCCUCUUCUUGUUUUCGCAACCAUAAUUCUGGUCAACACACUUUUCUCUUUAUGUCACCUUAUCGUGAAAUGGAAACGAGCAGAACUCAAACACCGUGCUAGACUUUCUGCCACCAAACAGGAUUGAUCUUCUGUAUCAUGUACAAUUUGUGCUUGAUCUUAUGAGAUGCUUCUCUAUUAAAACACGGAUUUAGGUGUAGUUUGUAACCGGCAUAGAUCACAUACUAUCGAUAUUCUAGCGUUGUUUUUUGUUUUGUUGUGUAAAAUUUUGGUUUUACCUUUACAAAUUGAAGUUAACCUCUUUUGUGACA